AUGCGUCUUCUUACCAUUGUCGCAUCGCUGGCGGCAGCUGCUUCUGCCCAACAGCUUCUCGUAUAUGGCGAUUCCGCCCUCCCUUCGUGCGCUGAGCAAUGUACAAUCCUCCAGAGUGCCCAAACAGGCUGUAUCCCCCCGGCGGCACCAGUCACCGACGCAACCAUCUACGAAUCGUGUUUCUGCCAGUCUGGAUACCUCACCACCCUCAAAGCUGCAGGCUCGACCAUCUGCUCAGACGUCUGUGACGCCAGCGAUGUGGCCAAGAUUGCAUCCUGGUACCAGUCCAACUGUGCCGACAACGGUGUAGCUGCUGCCGCCAAAGUCAGCGCUGGCACUACGACAGACCCGACUAGCACCACGCCUGCUUCGACUGUUGCUUCAUCACAAUCCACAUCUACCUCGACCAGCUCCACCAGCUCGCAAGGCACAAGCUCGUCUCAGAAUGCAGACCCUCAUCACGAUUGGUAA